GCUUCCUUGAGCUUCACUCGUUGCGGUUUAUCUUGCGGGAGAGCUCCUCACAACGAGCAGCGAGCUUGUUUGCAAGGAUGGCGCUCCCUCACACAUAUGAGCGCGAGGAAUCGACUCGCGGUCGCCGCGACACCAGCAAGGCCGUGGCGGUGCGUCAGCCCACUCUAAGGACGCCCACAAUCCAGCUGCUGCCGCCGCCUGCCAUCUACGACGCGGCUGUGCGGAUGGGAGAGGAGAAGGCAAACAUGCCAUGGUGGAAGACCUUUUACCUUGGCGUCCUGGCCGGCUUUUACCUGAGCUUCGGCGGCUGCUUAGCCUACACCAUCGGUGGGCAGAUGCCCGGGGUCAAGGAGUCGGACCCAGGUCUGCAGAAGCUGGUCUAUGGUGCCUUUGGCCUGCCCUUUGGGCUCGCCCUUAUCAUCAUUUGCGGUGGAGAGCUCUACACUGGCAACGCAGCCAUGCUGCCUGCCGCUGUCUUUGAGGGCCGGGCCACGUGGCUGCAGCUGCUCAAGAACUGGUUCUUCUCCUUCUUUGGAAACCUGGCCGGCUCUCUCUUCAUCGUGUGGAUUGUCGACGAGACACUGCUCUUCCAGAGCGGCAUGCCCGCAGGUGUGGCCAAUGCGAUCAUGGUUGCAAAGUCCAAGACCAGCGCCUCUUUUGGCACCACUGUCGUCCGCGGCCUGCUCUGUAACUGGCUGGUGACUCUGGGCAUCUGGCAGGCGACUGCUGCGCAGGACAUUAUCGGGAAAAUCUUUGGUGUCUACUUCCCGGUGCUGGCGUUCGUUGCCGUCGGAUUUGAUCACGUGAUUGCCAACAUGUUCCUGAUUCCCUUUGGCAUGAAGAUUGGAGCUCCGGUCAGUGUGAGCACCUACAUCGUGCACUCCAUGAUCCCCGUCUUCAUUGGCAACACCAUUGCUGCCAUGUUCUUUGUGGCAAUGUCAUAUGCGUUCAUGUAUGGGACGCUGGCGAACCGGCUCUCUGCCAUGAUCUGGGGAGCUGGCCAGAUGGCUCACCUGCCCGGCUUCAAAGGGUCCAAGGAGGCGGACAUGAAUGACAAGGCCAAUGGCUCCUACCACUCGACCACUGGCUCAAUCCCUGAAGGCCAGUCAAUGGACUUCAGAAACGACUCCGCAGCCGCCGCCCGGGUUUAAAAAUUCACGGAUUCAAAUUCAAAUUCGAAUUCGAAUUUGGGACCAUGAUUAGCGGCAGAGUGCAUGUGCAUGAGUGGUCAGCAGAGAGCCACAUUAGGCUCAACAUCUGCUGCCACCCGUACCCUUGCAUGCUGAUUUUUUGCGGAUCUAGAGAUCCAAAAAGCAGCAGGGCAGGGGCAUUCCUGAUCUGUUUGACAUGAUCCAAAAUGAGGGCAUUUGCAUCCGAGCUGCAGAUGAGUCUCAAAAGGCUAAAUCAGCAGGCCUGCACAACUGGUGCAGUAGCUGCUAAUUCUUCUUGGGGCCCGGUGCUGUGAAGCAUGGUUUGAUUUAUUGGGUGAGGGAUGACAAACUUUUUGCGGGCUUGAAUCUCUCUUUUAUGUGAAAUUUGGUGGAUGGCCAGAUGGGGAUACAUUAAUCCCUCAAGGACUCGGGGCAGGAGCCUUCGUUAGGCUGUAUGCAUUGGCUUGAAAAAGCCGGGAGGGAUGUAAAAUUGCCAAGUACAUAUUCUGGGUGAGGGUUGCCUGGCAUUUGUGCCUAGACGUAUGGGAUUAUUUUGGAA